GGAAACAGAUUCCGGGAACCUCGGUGAAUCCGGCUGAAUCGAGCUGCUGUCUCGUCUGCGCCUCACUCAGUGAGGGGAGCGCUUCAGUCGCACAUCCAGUGCUCAGCACGCUUAUAUAUAUAUUUGAAUCAUUUUGAAGGACUGAACCGAAAACUUUGGAGGAACGUUUAUUAUUAUUUUAUAAAUAAUAUUAUAAAUAUUCACUGCAGGGCUGUUUUUACACUGGUUUCAAUCCUUAUGGUUUUUCCUGAUUUGAGGUGCGCUGUCGGUCAGCAAUGGUUGUACGGGCGGUGACCAUUUUCCACCAUGAGGAACAAAGAAAGUCAUCCUGCUCGGAUCCUGCCCCUUCAUCCUGGGACCCAGCAGAUGACCUCCGCUGCAUCACCACCACCUUCCAGUAUCUGCAGACUUCUGGUUGGUACUGGGGUCCCAUCUCAGCAAGUAAAGCUCGGGAAGCUCUCCUCACAAAGUCUGAAGGCACAUUCCUGGUGCGGGACAGCAGCCAUCCACAGUACAUGCUGGCUCUGUCAGUGAAGACUCGCUGUGGACCUACCAGCGUGCGUAUAGAGUACAGCAAGGGUUGUUUCUGGCUGGACUCUGUCUCCCCUGGCCUGCCUCAGCUGCAGUCCUUCCCAGAUGUUCUCAGCCUUAUACAGCACUACACCAGCUCAGGCCACGCAGCACAGGACCAGACAUCUAGUGACAUUCACCCCCAAAUGGAACCUGACCCUUCCCAGCAUACAGCUAAAGACAGCGGAGUACCCCUGAAGCUGAAGCACCCGCUUCACAAACUGGAGGUUUUCCCUUCUUUGCAGCACCUGACACGCCUCACCAUCAACAGGCACACUAACUGCCCCAACCAGCUGCCCCUCCCAAAGCCUCUGCUCUUCUACUUGCAGGACUAUCCUUUCUCUAUAUAAUACCUGCCCCUCAGCGACAGGACAGUCAGACUGGAAUAUGGUCGCGUUGUUGAGCGGAUACUGUGAAUCGGGGACUCUUUGAUAUAUUUAUGUAUAAUAAACCACUCUUGACCUCACUGCUCAUGAAUGAGCUUAUUCUUACUGCACUGCUGCUGGUAUUCUUCAGUAAAUAUUCAAUUAUUUUUACAUGUCGACCCCAGCUACUGUGAAAUGUGCAAUGCCAAUAUGUAAGUUAUUUUCUUUCUUUCUUUUUUUUGAUUAUGUGGCCCAGUGAGAAGAAAGUAGCUCCUAAACCAGCUGUUUUGAGUGUUCUUCAAUAAGGCAGCCUCCACUUAUAAAUAAUAAAUCAGUGAAGAAAACA